CUCAGUGUUUGAUGUUUUUUCUUACACAAUAUGACAAUAUAAUGCAUUCUGGAUUAUAUUUUUUUGAAAAUGCCAUCUUGUUAGCCUGUCAUCACUAAAAUUGUAAUGCUGAAUGUACACACACUAUGUACUUCUACUUUUUUGUACCUGAUGCAUUGUUAAAAAGAUCAAAUCAUAGUUUUUUGGCUGUGCUGACUGUUUGAUUACUUCAGGGUCCAGAGACGAAAUGAUUUGACUCAUUUUUUACUUUAGGUGUGAAAAAGGAGCAGUGGGAACUUGUUAUAAAACCAGCAGUCCAAUCUGAGCAUAUUACAUCAGAUGUCUUAUUGGAACGCCGCAGGAAAUUAUUCGCAACUCUUUUGGACAAAGUAAAAAGCUAUCAUGAGGAAUUCCUAUCAAAUUUAGACCCUCCAAUAGUAGUACCAAAAGGCGAGAUCAAACGCUGGCAUCCUGAAUUCAACAUUGAAAUGGUUCCUGAUAUUGAGACUAAUGAGUUACCUCAACCACCAGCUGAGGAUAUUUUGACCACAGGUAAAGAUGUUCUGGAAAAGGCUAGACAAAUGUUCAAUUGUAACAGUAAAAUGGAACAGGCUUUACAGAGACUGAAGGAAGUGAAGGAAAAAAAUAUUGCUCCUCUACCUGAGGAUACCCCAAAGGAGAUGCCAAUAUCAGUUUUAAAAGGGAUUCCAAAAGCGCUGUUGGAAAAAGUGAGGCAAAAGCAGGCUGCAAAAGCAAUGGUGUCCAUGACAAGAACCGCAGAAAAAGAAAAGCAAGUCGAGAUAUAUUCGCGACUACCUGAAAUAGCUCGACUGGCAAGAAAUAUUUUCGUGGCCGAGAAAAAGAGUGUACUAUCACUUGAAAUUCUCAUUGAAAAAUUGGGAAAUUGCUACAGGACUACCCUCAGUAAAAAGGAAAUGGAAGAACAUUUGAGGAUAAUUGGGAAAGAACUACCUUGGUGGCUGAUAUUCCACUUUUUGCGGAAGUGUAAUUACAUCAAAUUAGACAAAAACGCUGAUCUUAGUAUCGUCAUUGCUAAAUUGGAACAUUUAGCUAAGCAAAAAAGUGAACAAUAGCUUUUUUAGCACUGGUUUUAAUAAAAUGAAGAUUAUUUUAUUCAUUGAAAUUUAUUUUUUUAUAGUGAAAUUUGAGUUAGCCAUACUGACUGCCUUACUUUGAAUGACAUAUACAUUUUUCAAAUGAACAUUCUAACUUUUAACUGGAAUGUAUUGUAUUUUAUGCAUUAUAUUGAUGCAAUAUUUGUAUUCUUUUAACUAAAUAAACGUAG